UUCGCACGGAUGGGUCGGUUGGAGAACUGUUGAGGGUUUGUUGAGGGCAGAUAACUUCAUGAUGCAAGAUCAUCGAAAAGUCUUAAUUAUCCUAUGUGGGGCCUUCGUGGUUACAUGCUUCAUGUACCUUUUCGCGUUGCCAUCAUAUACCGGAAGUCACGGUUUUGUUUCUCCCCUUGAUGAAGGAGUGCGUCAAUUUUCAUCUCUGAAGGCACACACGUGGGAGGAUACCUUGAUUGGGAAAAUGACAUCAGGAUCAGACAGGGUUAAGAGUAACUCCUACACAAUCUUACAACAUGCUUCAUCUCGGCUUGUCUUCAAUGAAGCCAUUACAAAGUACUGGAAUCCAAUAGAUGGGGUCAAUAUGGAUCUCCCAUUCAAAUACAAGUCCUUGACAAAUUACACUGUAAAUGGAACAAAGCUUAUUGUAUUUGAUAAUUGUCCUGACUGGUUGCGCUCAUCACUUAAAGGUAAGAUGAAGCUAUGCAAAUACAGCAACUGUUUGUUGUCAGAGAAUCGCUCAAUGAUUGCAGAGGCAGACGCAGUCCUCUUCAAUGGCAAAUCGAUAACCCCGACACCCCCAACCCGCACCCCGGGACAAGUGUGGGUAAUAUUCGCUUGGGAGAGUCCUGCUAACCUUGCACACACAAUGACCACAAUGCACAUACUGAAAUGGAGAAGAGUAUUAAAUUGGACUAUGACAUACAGAACAGACUCCGACCUCUUCGCGCCCGUGGGGAUGUUUGUACCGACUCUGAAACUCCCCUCGUAUCAUCAUCUUCUGAAUAUCGUGCAACGCAAGACGAAGGCAGUUGCUUGGUUUGUUAGCCAUUGUAAAACAGCUUCAAGACGAAUGGCAUAUGUCGAAAGGCUAAAGAAAAUCAUUGACGUUGACGUAUUUGGACGUUGUGGGCCUGAGGAAUGUUUAAAAUCUAGUCCAGAAUGCAUAAACAUGCUGAACCAUACCUACAUGUUUUAUUUGUCGUUUGAGAACUCCUUGUGUAAAGACUACAUCACGGAGAAGCUGUACAAGACAUUCAACGUGCCCUGCGUCCCGAUAGUCCGGGGCGGGGCCGACUACAAACACCUAGUACCCAAUGGGACGUACAUCGAUGCAGCUGAUUUCUCCAACCCGGAGUCUCUGGGCUGGCAUCUCAAGGGUCUUAUGUCUAACACGUCUGCUUACAUGGACAUACUCAUGAGGAAGGAACAGUACAGGGUUUUCAUGUCAUCUCAUGGGAAGCAUAUGGCAUUUUGUGAACUUUGUUAUCGACUUAAUAACCCAGGUACUCUGUGGGACACACAGACAGAUGUAGAGAAAUGGAAAGAAGAAUGCCAUGCACCAAGAGAUCUUGGCUAGGUGAGACCAAAAGGCUUAAUGUUCGAAUAAUAAAUUUACAGAUUAAUUAAAAUACAGUGAUUGUUGUAGGCCUUGAAGAGGCAUGAGUAUCGCAGGGACGGGGAAACAACUUUGUUUUCAAUUGAAGCAACAAGUACCAGUGGUUGACGCCACCACAACAAAAUGAGUACGUGGGUUCGAACCAAUGUGCUUUUGGGUUAUCAUCCUUGGUCAGUGGAUGCAAUAAUCCCGAUCAUAAGGGAUACACCUCUUUGUCAAUUAACGUGCAUAAGUCUUAAAAUUAAGAGAGCAUGUUUUGAUAUUACUGGUCCACUUUUCAAAACGUUGAUACUCUCACAUUCACUCUGAAGAUUGAGAUCUUCUGUAACGACCCAGUUUGUGAUUAUAAACAGAUGUUCAACAAACAACAUACAUCUCAAUAUCUAACUAUACACAAAUAAAAUAGUUGAGGACCUCCUGUAUAUUUUACAAUGACUGGUUGUACGAGCGUUGGCAUUUAAACCCAAACAACAAUAAGCUCGGAAAAACUAAUGUUGUUUCAUGAAGACACCUCUGACAAUAAGAAAACAUAAAAAGUUUAUCCUGUUUUUCAAUUUUAAUCAUUAUCUCAAAAAAAACUCAGAGGCACUGUAUUUGUGCAAAACAGGAGCCACAAAAAAUAUGUAGGUAAAGAAUCAGGAACACAAUUCCACAACAUGAUUCAUGAUGAAAAAUGUAAUUUUCAGUCCAAGAUUACAUUCAUGACACAAAUCAUUGAUAGAGGGAAACCCGCAAUGUGCCCGAAUGACAGCUUGCAGCCUUCGUCUCCUACCUCGAGUAUGUCGUCUGAUCUGUGGAAGAGGCAACUGCAGCCAUUCUCCAAUGAAAGCUGCCUCCCAUCGGGCCAGAGCGUGUACCGAUGGGUCCAGUGCCUGUACUCGACGCCCCAAAAUGUCCUAAAUAUGCUAUUGUGCUUAGGUGCAGGUGUUGCCACAUCGGCAUUCUGGAGAAAAGCCAUUACUGCUCCGGAAAUGUGGUCGGGUGACGAGUGGGUGGUUGUCGAAAUAGCGUACAACAAAUGAUUGAAGGACGUUACGAAUGUACCGAUCAUCAUUGAGAUUUCCUUGAAUCCACCUUAUGCGUCACAGGCAACCCCAAACCAUAACGGAACCUCCACCAUACGGUGUCGUAGGUUUUAUGUUCCUGGGUGUGUAGGCCAUAUUUUAUCCCUCCAAACCCUUAAUCGGCCAUCCGUGACGUGGGGAAGGAACCUCCUUUCAUUAGACCAAUGGACUCUUCGCCAAGUCCUCAGAUUCCUAGCUCUCCGGGCCAAACACCAUAUUAAACGAAUUUUCCGAUGAUGAUCGGCAAGGAAGGGACGCUUGAUAACCCUUCUGGACUUUAUACCCGCCGAUUUCAGUCGAUUCCUCAAUGUUCUGGUUGACAUCCGUCUAUUGGGUAACCAUUGGCGUUUCAGAACAGAAGAUGUUGCAAAUGGUUGACGACGUACACGCUGAAGCAGGGCUAUGUCUUCACGCCUUGACGCCAUGCGAGGUCUUCCUGGGCGUAGGAGAUCCUGUACAGCAUUGGUGUGGCCGUGUGUUCGUAUCAGUCUGAUGAUUAUGAUAUAAUGAUAUCCUUAUUGGCGUGACAUGCGUCUAUCUCUCGCUUCCGUGGGAUAAACAUUUGAACGGAAGAGGCGUUGCACAGUACGUUGAAAGCACUGCUGUAUUAUUUCAACCAUAUAUUAGACAUCCCGGAAUGUUCGUUUGUUCAGUUUUCA